AAUAGUAUUGCCAGUGGCAGGGGAGAGGCCAGAGAGAGAGAAGUGAACUCUGGGUUAUGAGCUGGUCUUUCAUUAACAGAUUUUUACAGCUCUCAAGGUUUCAGGUGUCUUUGCUAAGAGCGAGUAAGAUGGAGACUUGAUUUAGAUGUGAGCAAAGGGAAGGAUGAGCAGUUUUCUGUAUUUUAUCCUGCCAGCGCUGGGAGGAUACACUCUGACCUCGCUGUACCUGCUGAAGAACCCACACGUUCUCCACAGGAGGAAACGCACAGCUUUCUACUGCACGCACAUUUCACACAGAGGAGGAUGCGGAGAGAGAAUAGAAAGCACCAUGGAGGCAUUCACUCAUGCCGUGGAACAGGGAACACAGAUGCUGGAGCUGGACUGUCACCUGACAAACGACGGACACGUGGUCGUCUCACAUGAUGAGAAUUUGCGAAGGCAGACUGGCCACGACGUCACUGUCUCCUCCCUCAAGCUACAGGAUUUGCCUUUGUACAAGGAGCGACUGGAGGUAACAUUUUUUUCAGGCCGGUUCAGCAGCGGUGCAGACAGGAGGUUUGCUCUGCUGGAGGACGUGUUCAGGAAGUUCCCCGAGAUGCCUGUCAGCAUUGAGGUCAAAGAGAACAACCACCAGCUGAUAGAAAAGAUAUCUGACCUGGUUAAACGCUACAACAGGGAGGAGAUCACUGUGUGGGCUUCUGUGAAAUCCUCCAUCAUGGAGGAAUGCCGCAGGACGAAUGACUCCAUGCCAUACAGCUUCACUAUGAGCCGAGGCGUGGUGCUUCUGCUUCUCUAUUACAGCGGCCUGCUGCCCUUUGUGCCGCUGGGAGAGAGUUUGCUGCAGUUUUACCUGCCGCACAUCUUCAACAGGACGUUUAUUCCUGAGCAGCCGAUCCUGAGAAACAAAGUAGUCGUGUAUUUGUUGGACAAAGUAACUAUGAGGAAGAGUCUUUUUAAACACCUCGCAGCUCGUGGAAUUCAGGUGCAUUUAUUUGUUUGCAAUAAAGAUGAAGAUAUAAAGGCAGCAUUCGAACUGGGAGCCACAGGAGUGAUGAGUGACUAUCCAGCUCUUCUGUCGAACUACCUCAGCAGAAACAGAAGGCAGGACUGAACCCGAACAUACCGACACAUGACAGCGAGAAAUGGCAGUGUAUAAAAACGAAGCGACAACUGCCAAAGAGACAAAAAUACAAGAAUCAUGAGGUCCAUUUCCUCAACGAUGACAAGAUCAGUAUUAGUGAGGACAAAGGUAUCACUUCAGCUCCUCACUGUUGAUAGAAUGAUUUGUUUGUGGUGCUGUUAGAUUAUUUCUACGGCCUUCACCCACAAGCUAUCAAAAAAACAGGUCUGUAUUCAAAGCACCACUCAUGGAUUUCUGCCAGCAGCAAAUCAUGGGAGUGAAUAUUUAACCAGCCUUAUCAUGGUCACCCACAAUAAGAGAGCAAACGUGACUUUGUUUUGACUAUGUCCAAUGUUAUUUUCUGCCAUUAUUUGACUGGUUUAAGUAAGUGCUGGACUUCAAAAAAAGAAAAACGAUCUGGGACAAACCACUUGGAUUUUUGCUUCUAUGUUGUUUUUUGGCUGUAAAAUGGAAAUAAAAGUGAAGAAAAUGGGCAUUUAAUGGCACCAUAUAUACACCCAUAUAUGCGUGCAGUGUUAGCUAAUCAGGGUUUUGCAUCUGUUUUUAAUCCAUUUCUUUCACCUGAAGACCGAAGGCUUGCAUGUGCAGUAAACCUCACCUAUGUCCUGGUUUCUCCCAGGCAGCAACGGUCAGAGUCCAGCUGUGAAAAUAAUCAUCUGUUGGUGAAACAAUGGCUGUAUUUUUCUGCCCAGGUUGGCUGCGCCCUGCAGUGUGACGAGUGAGUUAAUGGAAUACAGUAUAAGUGGAUCUGUGUUAACUGAGGUCUUUAGAACAGUUGAGGUGCAAAGAGCAAACGUUUGAAUAAGUGACCCAGUAAAGAAAACAAGAGGAUGUCAUUAGCUUUGUUUCUUGGAAUCUAGGGGGUUUACAUUCCUACAGAGCACACACUGUGAGUGAACACUGUAAAAUGGAGUUUGUAGGCAAAAGAAAAUCUGACAGUAUAAAUGGAACGCUUUUUAAUAGGGCUGAGACAAUUAGUUGAUUAAUAAAUUACCCCAAAUAUGAUGAAUUUUGAUCAUUAAGUAAUUAUUUUGAGCCAAACAUCAGAGGUUUCACAUUAUCACACAAAUAUUUGAUGUUUGUCUUUAUUAAUUCUUACUGGAAUGUUACAUCUUUGGGUUUUAGAUUGUUGGUUAGACAAACGGAGAAUUUGUGAUGAAAAUUUUUCAAUAUAUUCUAGAGCUGCUAAGAUUAAUGAAUUACAUCUCAUAUGAAAAAUAUAAAAUGAUUAGACUGUUGCAUUUUUUUGUGACUUGUGCUAUCGUUCUAGACAUACUGGCUAAGACUUCAGUGUGGUAAUCUGCAACUAUUUUGAUCAUCUGAGUUUAAAAAAAUAAAAAAAAUUUGAUUCAA